AUGCUCAUGAAAACUUCCUCCCUUCUCUUCCAUCUCCGUCCCUGCUGUCAUCUUUUGCGAAAGGCUUCUUGGUUGGGAGCUACAACUACUAGUUUUCAAACAAGAAAGUAUUCCACAAAAUCUUCUAGACUCGCACCACAAUCAAAUACUUCAACAAUCAUUAGAGAAGGGAAUCCAUAUCUGUUCUUUCUGAAUUUUGUCCAAAACGGAAAGCAGAUUCCGAAAGAUGAAUACAUGAAGCAAAUGAUGAACAAUGACUGUAACAAUAACUCCAAUUCAACAUCUACUAAUCUCCAAAAGAGAGAUAUUCCAACAUUUUUCCUUCAUGGAUUGCUCGGAAGUGGUCAGAAUUAUGUUUCAAUUAUGAACAAGUAUCAUAAUAUUCUUGCUGCGAAUGGAGAUUGCUUUUUGUUGGACUCUAGGAAUCAUGGAAGAAGCUCCCAUACUACCACGAUGAGUUAUGAUGAUUUAUCGGAUGAUAUUGUCUCAGUGAUGGAUGAAUUGAAACUUGAAAAAGUGAAUAUCGUUGCUCAUUCAAUGAGUGGCAAAGCGGUCAUGAAUUUAAUGUUGAGAGAAACCCUCAAUAAUAAUACAACAUUGUUACAACGGAUCAACAAGGCGGUCAUUGUAGAUGUAUCACCUGUGGAUUACACUAAAGAUGAAAGAUGGGUGAUUAAGCAAUAUAUUGACGCAAUGAGAAGAAUUAAUUUGUUGACUUUGCAAACACGAACAGAAGCAGAACAUAUUUUAGCCAAAGCUGGAGGAAUUAAUCCUGAAGCGAGACUCUUCCUGUUGACAAAUCUCAUUCGAAUCAAAGAAAACAAUGGUGAAACAGCAGGAGCUCAGUGGGCUUGGAGAUGCCAUUUGGAUGUCAUUGAAGAGUAUCUUCCUCAGCUUGGUUCGUUUCCUUUCAAAACUAGAGAGAACCCUCUUGGAAUUUACUCACUCCAAGCUCCUAUUCAAUAUGCUGGAGAUAAUGUAUUGUUCUUGAGAGGAGAAAAAUCAAUGUAUGUCACUGACGAGUAUGAAAUAAUUUCCAAAUCCUUUUUCCCGAAUGCCACUUUCGAAACAAUCAAGAAUGCAUCACAUUGGGUUCAUAUUGACAAUCCACACGAAUUUGCCACAAUGAUUUCUUCAUUUAUUAAUGUCAACCAUUAUUAG